AUGAUUCCAAAGCACGAUGAUGAAGCAUACUACUCACCUCCUGACAUAGAUAAAGCAGAAGAUCCUCCAAACUGGGGAGCUCAAGAUGGGUCUAAACAAGCCUUUGUGUUUCAGGACUUGUUGCCAUCUUCACCAAACUUAAACAAACUCUUGUGUUUCAGAAUGAAAGAUACUGCAAGGAAGAGCAUUUAUGUGCAGAAUGAUCAGUUAUUUGCCUGAAGACUGCAAGCAGAAACACUUAUUCAUGAUGACGAGAUCAGCAUGGUCCCCAGUUGGAAUCUGGAUGCCAAACAGUUCCCAAUUAUCCUGGGCAUUAAGAGAGGAUACCUGUGUCUCUCAGUUGGGAUUGAUCAGCAGCCUUUUCUUCAGAUAGAGGAAAAGAACAUCAUGGAUCUUUAUCACAGCAAAGAGGAAUCCAAGAACUUCACCUUCUAUAUGCGAAACCCUGGAGUCAUUUUUAAACUAGAGUCAGCCAUGUACCCAGGCUGGUUCAUCUGCAGCAGUCUUGAGGAUAACAAGCCCAUCACCCUCACCAACCAUCCUGAGGAAGUAGAAUCGGUCAUCACUGACUUAUAUUUCCAGCCAUGCUACAAGGUUAGGCUUCCCCUAGCAGCCCAUUGGAGAGAUGGUUCUGUCUAG